UGUGCAGGGCCAGAGACACCGCAGACUCGUGACCUGGAGCAGCUCUGAGCCGGUGAAUAAUAGCUCUUCAAGUCUGCAAUAAAAAAUGGCCUCCAAUAAAACUACAUUGCAAAAAAUGGGAAAGAAGCAGAAUGGAAAGAGUAAAAAGGUUGAAGAGGCAGAGCCUGAAGAAUUUGUGGUGGAAAAAGUUCUGGGUCGACGAGUAGUAAAUGGGAAGGUGGAGUAUUUCCUGAAGUGGAAGGGAUUUACAGAUGCUGAUAAUACUUGGGAACCUGAAGAAAAUUUAGAUUGUCCAGAGUUAAUUGAAGCAUUUCUUAAUUCUCAAAAAGCUGGUAAAGAAAAGGAUGGUACAAAAAGAAAAUCUUUAUCUGACAGUGAAUCAGAUGAUAGCAAAUCAAAGAAGAAAAGAGAUGCUGCUGACAAACCAAGAGGCUUUGCCAGAGGUCUUGAUCCUGAAAGAAUAAUUGGUGCCACAGACAGCAGUGGAGAAUUAAUGUUUCUUAUGAAGUGGAAAGAUUCAGAUGAGGCAGAUUUGGUGCUGGCAAAAGAAGCAAACAUGAAGUGUCCUCAAAUUGUUAUUGCUUUUUAUGAAGAGAGACUAACUUGGCAUUCUUGUCCAGAAGAUGAAGCUCAAUAAUUGUUUGCAUUGCUUUUUAUAUAUAUUUAUAUAUAUAAAAAAGCUGGGUCUUGAGAGUGUGAAGAAAUAACUACAUUCUAACAAAUCAAGUUUGAUAUGUUCAUUUUGAAAGUAGUACUGGGAGAGUCAUUGGGGGGGCUUGCAUCAAUAGCACUGGUUACUUUGAACAAAUAAAAGCUUUCUCUAGUUGCUUCCUUUAUCAGAAAAAAAAAAAAAACACUUGAUACCAUGGUAUAUUAUUUCCUCUGCAUUAGAAAACAGCUUUUCUAAAUACUAAGGGAAAUUUCCAUAGCCAUUAUUCAGUAAGAACUUGUGUUUAACUCUUUGCCUAAGGACCAU